AUGGCUCCAGUGAUCCCUAGACUUUGUGUCUUUAAAUCAAACUACGGUGAAAAGUAUUUGCGCUAUGUUCAAGAAGAAAACCAGCGCAGAUACAUUCGAUGCGACGGAGAGGAUAUUUUGGAUCCAUACGCCAAGUUCAAAGUGGAGAGAGCAAAGAGUUACAAAGAUUUAGUCCACAUAAGAUGCUCUUACAGCAACAAAUUUUGGCGCCGUAGUAGCGAGGAUGGGGACUAUAUAGUCGCAGCAGCUGAUGCAGCGGAAGAAGACCAAUCCAAAUGGUCAUGCACUCUGUUCAAGCCCUUUGCAAAAGAUGACAUAACGUUUCGUUUUCAGCACCUCCAAAGUGGAAACAAUGUAUGGUUUAACCGAUCGGAUAAUGACUACCGGAGUUGCUUGAUCGUCAGAUAUUCGACAGAGGAAAGCGAUGGAGGUGAUCUCUUCACAAUCACUGAUUGGGAAUCAUUGGUGAUGUUGCCCAAACAUGUGGCAUUCAAGGGCGAUAAUGGAAAAUACCUAUAUUACCGUGGAGGCGGUGACGAACACUUGGAAUUUGGAGCUUCUGAUAUUGGUGAUAACAGAGUUGGGGAGCAAAUCAUCACCAAUCCGGACGGAAGCAUAAGCGUGAAGCACGAUUCCAAUGGAAAAUUCUGGAGGGCUACCCCGAAUUGGAUAUACCCAGAUACAACUGAUGCUUCCAACUCCGAUCCAGAAGUAUCGUUUUGGCCAGUCCAACUUCAGGGCAACGCUAUCGCCCUCCGUAACAAGAGCAAUGGCAGAUUCUUGCGUAGAACUAAUUAUGGUGGAACAGUCGAUUGUCUCGCUGCAGCAUCUUGGGCCACGACUAUUGACAAAGAGAGCCACCUGGUGGUAGAAGAGCUUGUCAAAGUGAGACAAAUUUACGACGUGGAGUACCGGCUGGACGAUGCCAGAAUUUAUGAUGAAUCAAUCCUGACAUUGGCUCGUUCCUGUGUCUCUAACAUGACACAGCAAAACGAAACAAUAGAGGUGACAAUGUCAUACAAAGAGGCCUGGAAGUAUGAAUGGAGUACUAGUACUUCAACCGCAUCUUCUAUUAGUAUGAAAGUCUCACUUGGUGUUCCAAAGAUUAUGGACGCUUCCAUUCAAGUGUCGCACACGAUUGAAAAAGAAUACCAGUGGGGAGAAACGGUAGAUGGAUCUCUUACUUUGAAAAAAACAGUCCCAGUUACGGUGCCGCCAAUGACAAAGACGACAGUUAGUCUUCUUGCAACAAUAGGAUCAUGCAAUGUUCCCUUCUCCUACACUCAGCAAGACACACUUACAAAUGGCGAAUUGGAUGUUUCAGUGAAGCAUGACGGUGUUUAUAGUGGUGUCAAUUGCUUCAAAUUCCGCACCGAAACCUCAGAGGAAAAGCUAUUAGCUUAA